GCUACCACCACCCAAAGCCAGCGUCUGCUUUCUGUCCUCAUUUCCUUUUCCCACCCAGCUCGGAAAGCAGAGAAAGGCAGAGAGAGCGAGAGAUAGAGACAGUCAGAGAGACAGACAGACAGCCGGAGAGCGGGAGGGAGGAGGGCGGAGGAGGAGGAGCAGGAGGAGGACUACGCGGGGCGCGUUCCCUCCCAGCAGCCCGGCGCCCGCGUCGCUGCCGCCGCCGGAAGACUGACGCCCCCCAAAGCCCCUCGCCUGGCUCGGACCCACGGAGCCGGCAGCCCAGCACUCCGAUGGGAGCUUGCCUACCUGUCUACCCAUCGGCCUGGACCCCAGAGCCUGCCCAGCUAAGUGCGUGCAGAGGGCCCCGGUUUCGGGGCAACUCUCAGGCGGCCGCAGAGACCACCCUAGAAUCACUGGCGAAGACAGGCCUUUCCUGCUGAGCCAGACCUUGUCUACACAGCCUGCUCAGGCGCUGUCCACACCCCGAGGCCUGGGCUCAGGCCGAAGUUGCUCCACAGCACCCCCAGCUGACAGCCAGCACCUGGCAGAGCCCCCAGGCACGGGGGCCCUCUCUCUCCCAGAGAUCUCCAGUGUGACAGCCCAGGCGGCAGAGCCGAGGGUCCUGGUCCCGGCUUCUCGCACCCUCAUGUCAGCCCCGGCCCCGCCCGGCGGCCCGCGGAGGACAAGGUCAGGAUGCGUGUGAAGCCCCAGGGCCUGGUGGUGACUUCCAGUGCCGUGUGCAGCUCUCCUGACUACCUCCGGGAGCCCAAGUACUACCCCGGCGGCCCCCCCACCCCACGGCCCUUGCUUCCCACCCGGCCCCCCGCCAGCCCACCUGACAAGGCCUUCGCCCACACCUUCUCUGAGAACCCACGCCCACCCCCACGCCGGGACCCCAGCACCCGGCGCCCACCAGUCCUUGCCAAGGGGGACGACCCGCUGCCCCCGAGGGCAGCCCGUCCCGUCUCACAGGCCCGCUGCCCCACCCCCGCGGGAGACGGCAACAGCUCCCAACGGCGCUGGGACAACGGGCGGGUGAAGCUGCGUCCCGUGGUGCGGCUGAUUGACAUCAUGAAGGACCUGACACGGCUCUCCCAGGACCUGCAGCACAGCGGCGUGCACCUGGACUGCGGUGGCCUCAGACUCAGCCGCCCACCUGCCCCGCCCCCCGGUGACCUGCAGUACAGCUUCUUCUCCUCACCCAGCCUGGCCAACAGCAUCCGCAGCCCCGAGGAGCGGGCUGCCCCGCACUCCAAGUCGGAGAGGCCCAGCCAUCCCCUCUAUGAGCCUGAGCCCGAGCCUAGGGACAGUCCCCAGCCUGGCCAAGGCCAUAGUCCCGGAGCCACGGCCGCGGCCACCGGGCUGCCCCCGGAGCCUGAGCCAGACGGCCCUGAUUACUCGGAACUUGCUGACGCCGACAUCCUCAGCGAGCUGGCCUCCCUUACUUGCCCCGAGGCCCAGCUGCUGGAGGCCCAGGCCCUUGAGCCACCAUCUCCUGAGCCAGAGCCUCAGCUCCUGGACCCCCAGCCCCGCUUCCUGGACCCACAGGCACUAGAGCCGCUCGGGGAAGCUUUGGAGCUGCCACCCCUACAACCUCUUGCUGAUCCUCUGGGGCUGCCAGGCCUGGCGCUACAGGCCCUGGAUACCCUGCCCGACUCCCUGGAGUCGCAGCUGCUUGACCCUCAGGCACUUGACCCCCUGCCCAAGUUGCUUGACGUCCCCGGCCGCCGUCUGGAGCCUCAGCAGCCCCUGGGGCCCUGCCCACUGGGCGAGCCCUUGCGCCUGGACUUGUGUUCACCCCAUGGCCCCCACGGGCCUGAGGGUCACCCCAAGUACGCCUUGCGGCGCACUGAUAGGCCAAAGAUCCUGUGUCGCCGGCGGAAAGCUGGACGGGGGCGCAAGGCAGACGCUGGGCCGGAGGGCCGCUUGCUGCCGCUGCCUAUGCCCACAGGGCUGGCGGCCGCCUUGGCCGAGCCCCCGCCGCCACCGCCUCCACCACCUCCUGCCCUGCCGGGCCCGGGCCCAGUCCCAGAGCUGGAGCCAGAAUCUUCCCAGACUCCAGGGGUCCCCAGCCGCAAAGGCAAGUGCCGGGGCGUGCGGCGCAUGGUGGUGAAAAUGGCCAAAAUCCCCGUAUCGCUGGGGCGGCGGAACAAGACCACGUACAAGGUGUCCUCCUUGAGCAGCAGUCUGAGCGUGGAGGGCAAGGAGCUGGGCCUGCGCGUGUCCGCGGAGCCCACGCCACUGCUGAAGAUGAAGAACAAUGGGCGGAACGUGGUGGUGGUCUUCCCACCCGGGGAGAUGCCCAUUAUUCUUAAGCGGAAACGCGGCCGCCCUCCUAAGAACCUGCUGCUGGGUCCUGGCAAGCCCAAGGAGCCGGCAGUGGUCGCGGCAGAAGCAGCCACCGUGGCCGCGGCCACCAUGGCCAUGCCGGAGGUGAAGAAACGGCGGCGGCGGAAGCAGAAGCUGGCCUCCCCCCAGCCGUCGUACGCAGCAGACGCCAAUGAUAGUAAGGCCGAGUACUCCGACGUCCUGGCCAAGCUGGCCUUCCUGAACCGCCAGAGCCAGUGCGCUGGGCGCUGCUCACCCCCCCGCUGCUGGACACCCAGCGAGCCCGAGUCGGUACACCAGGCACCCGACACCCAGAGCAUCUCCCACUUCCUGCACCGGGUGCAGGGCUUCCGACGGCGUGGCGGUAAAGCAGGCGGUUUUGGUGGCCGGGGUGGGGGCCAUGCCGCCAAGGCGGCCCGAUGCUCCUUCAGUGACUUUUUCGAGGGCAUUGGCAAGAAAAAGAAAGUGGUGGCAGUGGCAGCUGCUGGUGUCGGGGGCCCCAGCCUCACCGAGUUGGGGCACCCACGCAAGCGGGGCCGGGGGGAGGUGGACGCCAUGACUGGGAAGCCCAAGCGCAAGAGGCGGUCCCGGAAGAAUGGGACUCUGUUCCCAGAGCAGGUGCCUAGCGGCCCAGGCUUUGGGGAGGCCGGCGCCGAGUGGGCCGGGGACAAGGGUGGCGGCUGGGCCCCUCACCACGGGCACCCAGGCGGGCAAGCCGGCCGAAACUGUGGGUUCCAGGGGACCGAGGCCCAGGCCUUCGCCUCCGCCGGGCUAGAGAGCGGGGCCUCGGGCCGCAGCAGCUACUACAGCACCGGCGCACCCGCGGGCCAGACCGAGCUCAGCCAGGAGCGCCAAAACCUCUUCACCGGCUAUUUUCGCUCACUGCUCGAUUCGGAUGACUCCUCCGACCUCUUAGACUUUGCCCUCUCAGCCUCUCGCCCUGAGUCCCGGAAGGCAUCAGGCACCUACGCAGGGCCCCCCACCAGCACCCUGCCUGCCCAGCGGGGCCUGGCCACCUUCCCGAGCCGGGGGGCCAAGGCCAGCCCAGUAGCAGUGGGCAGCAGCGGGGCUGGUGCGGAGCCCUCCUUCCAGCCUGUCCUGCCCGCUCGCCAGACCUUCCCGCCAGGCCGGGCGGCGAGCUAUGGGAUAACUCCAGCCACUUCAGACUGCCGGGCAGCCGAGACCUUCCCGAAGCUGGCGCCCCCGCCGUCGGCCGUGGCCCGCUCCCCUACCACCCACCCGCCCGCCAGCACCUACCCACCUCAGUAUGGUGGCUACGGCGCCGGACAGAGCGUUUUUGCCCCAGCUAAGCCCUUCACGGGCCAGGACUGUGCUAACAGCAAGGACUGCAGCUUCGCCUACGGCAGCGGCAACAGCCUGCCCGCCUCCCCCAGCAGCGCCCACAGCGCCGGCUACGCCCCACCACCUACGGGGGGCCCCUGCCUGCCCCCCAGCAAGGCCUCGUUCUUCAACAGCUCUGAGGGGGCCCCCUUCUCUGGCUCAGCCCCCACGCCCCUGCGCUGUGACAGCCGGGCCAGCACCGUCUCUCCCGGCGGCUACAUGGUACCCAAGGGCACCACAGCCUCUGCCGCCUCCUCCUCCUCCUCCUCCUUCCAGCCCUCGCCUGAAAACUGUCGGCAGUUUGCGGGGGCUUCUCAGUGGCCUUUCCGGCAGGGCUAUGGAGGCCUGGACUGGGCCUCAGAGGCCUUCAGUCAGCUCUACAAUCCCGGCUUCGACUGCCACGUCAGCGAGCCCAACGUGAUCCUGGACAUCUCCAACUACACGCCGCAGAAGGUGAAGCAGCAGACGGCUGUGUCCGAGACCUUCUCUGAGUCGUCGUCCGACAGCACCCAGUUCAAUCAGCCGGUCGGCGGCGGCUUUCGGCGCGCCAACAGCGAGGCCUCGAGCAGCGAGGGCCAGUCAAGCCUGUCCAGCCUGGAGAAACUGAUGAUGGACUGGAACGAGGCAUCCUCUGCCCCCGGCUACAACUGGAACCAGAGCGUCCUUUUCCAGAGCAGCUCCAAGCCGGGCCGUGGACGGCGGAAGAAGGUGGACCUGUUCGAGGCCUCACAUCUGGGCUUCCCGUCAUCCGCCUCGGCCACCGCCUCAGGCUACCCGUCCAAACGGAGCACCGGGCCCCGGCAGCCGCGGGGUGGACGGGGUGGUGGGGCCUGCUCAGCUAAGAAGGAGCGGGGUGGGGCGGCCGCCAAAGCCAAGUUCAUCCCCAAGCCACAGCCCGUCAACCCCCUGUUCCAGGACAGCCCGGACCUCGGCCUGGACUACUACAGUGGGGACAGCAGCAUGUCACCACUGCCUUCCCAGUCGAGGGCCUUCGGCGUGGGUGAGCGAGACCCUUGUGACUUCAUGGGACCCUACUCCAUGAACCCGUCCACUCCUUCUGACGGCACCUUCGGCCAAGGCUUCCACUGCGACUCGCCCAGCCUGGGUGCUCCUGACCUAGAUGGCAAGCAUUUCCCGCCUCUGGCCCACCCACCCACAGUGUUUGAUGCCGGUCUGCAGAAGGCGUACUCACCCACCUGCUCACCUACGCUGGGCUUCAAGGAAGAGCUGCGGCCGCCACCCACAAAGCUGGCUGCCUGUGAGCCCCUCAAGCACGGGCUCCAGGGGGCCAGCCUGGGCCAUGCGGCUGCAGCCCAGGCCCACCUCAGCUGCCGGGACCUGCCACUGGGCCAGCCCCACUACGACUCCCCCAGCUGCAAGGGCACAGCUUACUGGUACCCGCCAGGCUCAGCUGCCCGCAGCCCACCCUAUGAAGGGAAGGUGGGUACAGGGCUGCUGGCUGACUUCCUGGGCAGGACGGAGGCCGCGUGCCUCAGUGCCCCACACCUGGCCAGCCCACCGGCCACACCCAAGGCCGACAAGGAGCCACUGGAGAUGGCCCGGCCGCCUGGCCCACCCCGUGGCCCUGCCGCCGCCGCCACUGGCUAUGGCUGCCCGCUCCUUAGUGACUUGACCCUGUCCCCUGUGCCGAGGGACUCGCUGCUGCCCCUGCAGGAUACCGCCUAUAGGUAUCCAGGCUUUCUGCCGCAGGCGCAUCCCGGCCUGGGUGGGGGCCCCAAGAGCGGCUUCCUGGGGCCCAUGGCGGAACCUCACCCUGAGGACACAUUCACCGUCACCUCCCUGUAGUGCCAACUGAAGUGCCGACUGGACCUCGAGGUUUUGUUCCUGGCCUAUUUUCCUCCUAAUGAAGCCAGGCCAAGAUUAAAAUGGCCUCCCAUUCCCCGUGCGUCUCACUGCAGGCAGCAGAGCUGCAGAUCUGAAGCAGGCCAGGGAGAAGCUGCUUAGGGUUUAAAAUGUCAAACUCUUGAUCCUUCUCACUGGAGGGGAGAUGUCUCCUGGAUAAUCCAGAAAUGUGAAAUAAUCCAAAAACCGUUCCUCCUGGGCUCUGGAUGGGAAAAUAAAACGAGUGUGGGGGCUGGGUGUUUGAGCAGGUCACAGCUCAGUGAGAUACAUAAUGGAACCAUCCAGUGAGGCCUGAACACAGGAGGAACUGGGAUGCCAUCCAGCCCCACAUUCUGGCCACACUCUCCACUCCGGGCUGGGAGUUGACAGCGCUGUCCGCAGACUGAUGCAUUCAGUUGUUCUGGAGACAUCUGUCCGGCACCCACCAUGAAGCAGGCAUGGGGCGGGGGGGCACCCCAGUGAACACCACAGAUGAGGUCCUGGUCCUCGAGGGGGCUUCCAGUUUAGAGAGCGAGACAGUACGUAGACUGACACGAAGGAAUUUGGUGAGGAUUACAAUAGGAAGGACUGCGAGAGAGGAAAAAGCUAGGAGGUUGUGGGAUCCUGCAGCGGGCUGACUGGAUCCUGAAGCUGAUGCCUGAAGGAUGAAGGGGCAUCAGCUAGACAGGGAGUGGGAAGGACAUUCUGGGCAGAGGGAACAGCAGUGGGUGAAGCCCUGGAGCAGGAGGGAGCUCACCCUUGAGGAACCGCUAAGAGGACAGUAAUUCCUCACUGAAUGGGUGGGCAAGGCAGCCAGGGCACCGGAAGGAGUUGGAACCAUAUUCCAAGACCAGUGGGGAGCCAUUGAAGAGUUACCAGCUAGAAGGUUCCCCACCCCCCCCCACACACACACCACAGGGCAAGCGCUGAAGGAGGGAGACCUCGGUCGCCCCAGCAGGCAGUGAGCGUUUUGACAUGGGGCGCUGGAGAAGCUGGUUCGGCUCCGCCCCACAUCUUGAGCCUCUGGCUGCCUGUCCGGGUGCCAGGCAUGGAGGAGACAAAGCAGACGUGGUCUUGUCCUCAGAGUUCAGCAUCCGCCCCGGGAAGCUAAAGCAGGUACACGAAGAACCUAAAAACAGCUGGUGGCAAGUGGCAGGUGCCCAGAGGCGGGGAGAAACAAAGUUUGUGUACCAGGAAGGUGGGUGUUAGGGUCAGAGGUCAUCUCUCAGAACUUUGGGUGAGAAAAGGGACACACGUCUUUGCCCUUCAUGCAACACUGCCCCAGUGAGCCUUCACAGAAGGCUGGGAGGUAGUAGUGCCCUCUCCCCCCGCCCCGCCCCAUCGGAGAGUUGAGGAAGCAGGUGCAGCUAGGAGCCUCGGCAGGGGAUCCACAGUUAGUCACUGGUGGAGUCGGGAUUCGAACCCAAUGCUGCACACACUCCCCUCCCAGAACCUGGGUACCCUGCCAUACCAUUCCCCCAACACCCCACACCGCUGACUCCCCAUCCGCAAAAUGACAGCUUGGUCGGACACUCCCUACAAAUGUUUCUGGGUCUGACAUUUUAAAUGGAUUUUGAAGUUCUUUCGAAGAAGCUGCAUUUGAGCUCGACUUUGAAGAAUAGGCGAGAUUUGGAUGGACAGAGACUUGAGGGGAAAGGCGUUCUAGGCAGAGGGAACUGUGGGCAAGGGGAGGGUCACCCCCCACUGUGAAUUGGAAGAGGAAAGCUCAGGGGAGCCAGAGUGGGGAAUGUGGGACCCCCUUCGUCUGAGAGCUGAGCUGGUGGGA